AUGCCUCCCCCCAGCGUGCUCUCAGAUUUCUCAGCGACCGUAGGCGAAUCCUUGCUGCAUGUUAGGCCGAUAUACAUUGUCGCUGGCCUUUGUGCUUGGAUAUCGUGGCGGAUCCUCUACCGUUUGGUGCUCUGGCCUCGAUUUUUAUCUCCGUUGCGAAUUGUUCCGGGUCCCCCUCUCGGAGGGAUUAUUGCUGGACAAUUUCCUGCUAUAAUCCAAGGCGAGGCUGGGAUCCCCCAACGAGAAUGGGUCAAGCAACAUGGCUCGGCUGUGCGUGUUGUUGGACCGUUGGGCAUCGAGCGACUUAUCUACACGAAAGCGGACACGCUGCACAAGAUCCUCGUGAGUGAAUGGAUGGAACAUCCCCGACCGGGGUUCCUGAGAGAGAUUUUGGGCUUCGUCGCUGGCUAUGGGCUUUUGACGGUGACGGGGACUGAGCACAAGCAGAUGCGCAAAGCCAUGAACCCAGCGUUUUCUAUUCCCAAUCUUAUGGCUCAGACGGACAUGUACUACGAUCCCAUCCACAAUCUUGUGAGGAUCCUGAACGAACAAAUUGACGGCGAAACCGAGCCCUCGAAGGGCAAAGUCAUUCACAUGUAUGAAUGGAUGAGCAAAGUUACCUUGGAUAUCAUUUGCGAGACGGCUUUCGGAUAUAGAACUGACUCUCUCAACAACCCACAUAACGCUCUAUCGGAGGCAUACGAAGACCUCCUCAAUCUCCAGUCCGGAAAGAACAUCGCAGAAUUCAUCCUCCUGGCUUCCAUUCCUGGCUUCAAGCGCUUCAUCAAUUCGGAUUGGGCGUACAACCACCGCCACUGGUUCGCCAAAUCCAGUCUCUUGGCGCCAAUGAGCAUCGCCCUCGACGCGAUGCAUCGGAUCAAGAAAAUUUCCGCUGAAAUGCUGGCUGAGAAAACGAAGGACAAUGCUGUGGCGCUGUCUGACACAGAAGCCAAACGCGACAUCAUGAGUUUGUUGGUUAGAGCACGGAAUGCCGAUUUAGCGAUCAAAUCAGGUUACACGAUGACUGACCAGCAAAUGAUGGACCAAGUCCUUACGUUCCUCGGGGCCGGUCACGAAACGACUGCAUCUGGCUUAGCUUGGACUCUCUGGCUUCUCGCGAACAACAAGGGACAUCAAGAUGAAUUGCGGAAGGAAUUGAAGCCUAUCUUCGAGAACAACCCUAGGCCGGAAUACCGUACGCUCAAGGAUUUAACUUGGUUAGAUGGCGUAGUCAUGGAAAGCCUGCGCUUGCUCCCUCCUGUGCCCAUGACUUUCCGUCAAGCGGGGAAAACGGACUACAUUGAAGGUGUCCUUGUGCCCAAAGGCACUAUGCUCUAUAUUCCCAUCAGGGUUGUCAACACCUGGAAGGAGAUUUGGGGUGAAGACGCUGAGGAAUUCAGGCCACUGCGCUGGCAAAGCCUACCUAAAGCGUACACCCCGACCUUGUCUUUCCUCUCGUUUAUUGCCGGGCCUCACGCGUGCAUCGGAAAGACAAUGGCGGUGAUGGAGAUGAAGGCAGUCUUAGCCGCUUUAAUCGCAAACUUUGAAUUUGAGCCCGCCUACGAGGGUCAGGUGGCUCAGCCCACAGCCGCCGUUACGAUGAAACCGGCAGAUCAUAUGCCCUUGCGUGUCAAGAGGUUCCUUUGA